AAAAAAGCCACCACAAAUCAAUCCAAAUUCUUCACAAUGACUAGCUCACAAAUGACUCUUCUUCCUUCCAAUUUCCUCCUUUCUUUUAUUUAUUCUCUAUCUAAUUUAUAUUAUAUAUAACUCUUGCCUUAUUCUCAUCCUCAUAUGUGCACAAAAUUAGAUAGACAUGAAUUAUUACUACUACUUCUUCUUCUUUGUCUUUGGAUUGCAAGCAUGUCUCUUGUUGGUUGUAGCUUCAUCAUCUUCUUCUUCUAAUAUCUUCAUAUCAGGAGAUGUUCUCAAGGAUCAGCGAUACGCUGGUCGGAAUCUCCUUCAGACAAAACGUAAAUGUCCGCUGAGUUUUGAGUUCGCGAACUACACAAUUUUGACGAGCAAGUGCAAAGGCCCGGACUACCCGAAGAAGCAGUGUUGCUCGGCAUUGGGAGAUUUCGCCUGCCCAUACGCCAAGUACAUCAACGACAUCUCCUCUGAAUGCUCGUCGGACAUGUUUAGCUACAUCGAUCAGCACUCUGGGUACCCACGGGGUCUCUUUUCUAGCGAGUGCCGCAGAAGACAUACCCUGCCCCGGUGAUUCUCCCACCUCCUCUCCUGCUGCUGAUGCCAGUGCUGCCAUUGCUGAUGAUAUUGCUCUCUUGUUCAUUCUCCCAAACUCUCAUCUUUGUUUUCACUUUUCUCUCUAUUCAUUUUUGUCACAAUUGAUCAAUGAUACAUAAAUUUUAAUUUAAGUACU